UUGAAUAGCAGGGACCCGACAUCCAUGAACCUCUCCGGUCUGUGAAGCACAAAACCACCGGUGACCUCCCGCACACCAUCCCAGCUCGGCGUCCUCCCUGCAGUCCUGACGGGACGUGGUGACCUGUUGACUCUGGUGAACUGACACCCUGCGUCUCGUUCCGUCCACCUCCAUACCCCACCCCCUCAUCCCCUCAUCCCCUGUCCUGACCAGUCUCCGUGCUGCCGGCGGUGGAUUGGAGCACUCUGAUUGGAGGAUUUGCGAGGUGGUUUUUCGGUCUGGCGCCGCCUCCCCCCGGGGCCGGCGUGCGCUCCCAGCAGCCCGUGGUGCCCUGUGCCCCCCCCUCCCCGUCACUGCACAACAGAGCCCAUGCCCAAGGAGGAGUCGCGGUGCGUCCGCCAGGAGCCAUGUGCCUCCCUCACAGCAACAACAUGGACAGCAAGCUACAGGGGGCGGGGCCGGGGGGAGGGGCUAUACUUCGAUCACGAGCAGGAGGCGUUCCACUGGAGCCCUUCAUCCACCAGGUGGGGGGUCACACCAGUAUGAUGCGUUACGAUGACCACACGGUGUGUAAGCCUCUGAUCAGCAGAGAGCAGCGCUUCUACGAAUCUCUGCCUCCAGAAAUGAAAGAGUUCACUCCAGAGUAUAAAGGUGUGGUGCUGGUGUGUUUUGAGGGUGACUUGGACGGCUACAUCAACCUGGUGGCGUACCCUUACGUGGAGAGCAACAUGGAGGGGGGGCCCCCGGAGCACGAGGAGCGGGACCCCCCAGAGAGGGAGCAGCCGAGGAGGAAACACUCCAGAAGAAGCCUCCAUCGCUCCUCCUCCUCCUCUGAACACAAAGACGAGCGGAGCGACAGGAGGGAGGUGCACGACAACGACGCUUCUGAUAACCUGGCAGAGCUGAAGAGUCCGCGGCUCGACCCAAAGAUCCACUCGGACGUUCCCUUCCAGAUGUUGGACUGGAACAGCGGUUUGAGUUCAGAGAAGAUCAGCUACAACCCCUGGAGCCUGCGCUGCCACAAACAGCAGCUGAGUCGCAUGAGGUCUGAAUCCAAGGACCGAAAACUCUUCAAGUUCCUGUUGUUGGAGAACGUGGUCCACCACUUCUCUUACCCCUGCAUCCUGGACCUGAAGAUGGGCACCAGGCAGCACGGAGACGACGCCUCCGAGGAGAAGGCGGCGAGGCAGAUGAAGAAAUGUGAACAGAGCACUUCAGCGACCCUGGGAGUCAGAGUGUGUGGCAUGCAGGUGUACCAGCUGAACACGGGUCACUACCUCUGCAGGAACAAGUACUACGGCCGUGGCCUGUCGAUCGAGGGUUUCCGUCAGGCGCUCUACCAGUACAUGCACAACGGGAAGGUUCUGAGGCAGGACCUCUUUGAGCCGAUCCUGAAUAAGCUACGCAGCCUGAAGGCGGUGCUGGAGAGGCAAGCGUCCUAUCGCUUCUACUCAUCUUCACUGCUCAUCAUCUAUGAGGGACAGGAACCUGAGGCCCCUUCAGUCCUCAGCUCUGGUCAGCAUGCAGCCCUCAUACAGAAGACCCCUGCGGUCCCUACAGAGCCUCACCGUGGCCCCGGGCCCCAACCACCCCCAUCCACAGGAGCCUCCUGUGAAACGGACAUGAGCCAGAACCCAGCCUCUGGGUCUCUGCCCUCUCAGGGACCUGGACGUAUGGCUCCUCCCUCUCCCUCCCCUCAUCCUCCCCCACAGACCCCGUCCACCAAAUCAGACUGCCACUCCUUCCUCCCCCCUCUCUCCUCCACACACCCCCAUUCAGACUCCUUCUCCCCUGCUCCCAGCUUAAUGUCCUUCCCCCCUGCCCCUCCCCACCAGCCUCAGCAGCCCCCCCUGGUGGACGUUCGUAUGAUCGACUUCGCCCACUCCACCUUCAAAGGCUUCCGUGGCGACACAGCGGUGCACGAUGGUCCGGACCGGGGCUACGUGUUUGGACUGGAGAGCUUGGUCCAGAUCCUGGAGAGUCUGCGGGACGACAACCUGCAGUAGCUCCACACACACUCUCACACACACACACACACACACACACACACACACACACACACAGCUUGUUGUGAGUUAGUCCAGGUUGUGCUGCAGAGUCCUCAAGAAUCGGGACAGUUUGGCUGUGAGUAUGGAACAUGGGUCUGCAGGACGUCACCAUGGAAACAUGGGCAUUCUACAGUCAAAUAGUUACCAUAGCAACAACCAAGAGAUGGGACAGAGCAGCUAGAAAGGUGCAAAUUCCAGAUGAUGAACCUCUGUCUACCCGAGUUUCUCCACACACACACACACACACACACACACACACACAUAUUUGUAUAUCUAUCCUUGGGAGGAUCUUCAUUGACAAAAUGUGUUCCUUAACCAGUAAGCAUCCAAACUAAACACAACCUUUCACCCUCAACCUGAACUGAACCUUACGAUCCCCUCCACUCCAAAAUAGUUUUUUUCUUCUUGUUCCUUCGCUCAGUUCCGAGCUAUACCGUGCAAAAUUGUGUAGGUGCAGAGUUUGUUGAAGAGGAUGAAUGUUUUUCUCAGCUCUCCUUAACUCUGGUUGAAUCACAGUCCCGAAAACGAACGAGGCAGCGAGAAAUUUCAUUCUGCAGACAGAUUUGGGAUUUUAGAAAUAACAUGUUUAAACCUGAAAGGUAGUCUUUUUUAACUCAAGGGUUUCUUCAAGUCUUGACAUUCCCAGCAUGAAUGAUGAGUCUUGGCUAGUGCAAAUAGUGAUGUGUAGCGCUCUCCCCAACCCUCAACAGGAGGCAUUUGUGUAGACGGUAAACAUCAAGGGCUGCUUUCAUCGUGCCUAACUGAACGCAAAAGUCAGACUGUUUCCUACCUAGCUAGGUAAGUCUGUGCUAGGACACGAUGUAAGUUCUGCAUUAGUUUGCUUCUGUGAAUCAGGAGGUGGGAAAAGGCUGAUAAGCAGCCUGCUAGCCCAUAAUGCUAACCCAGCUAAUUUACAACCACAUCACCUCAGAUAAAGAAAACCACUGUAUGCAUCAGGACAGCCGCACCUCUCCACAAUGUUCUAGGUUAUUGUUGAAAUAACACACAUACAGAUGAGCACAGAUAUUUUGGGAGCCAAUCAAUUUUUUUUAAAAGGCAGGAGUAGGUGUAAUCCAAAAUAUGUUGAUUUGGUGGAUGCUAGAUUUAAAUUAUAAUUCAAAGUAGAGGUUUUUUUUAACAUCUGCUGCAGGGGGUCUUUCAACUCAGAUUUACGGUGAGCGGAGAAAAACAAAAAGAUAAAAGUGAAAUACUCUGCACACGCGUCAUCAAACAUACAAGACCAACACGACCUUUGAAGGGUGCAAGUAUAAGCCCAAGUGUCCGAACACCUAAGGUCAAACAAUUCAUGGUCCUCACCAGGAUAGAAAACACACACACAAACAUUCACACACAUAGACACACACGCGCGGGUAUAUCCUGGGAACAGUUGUCUGUGGAGCAGUUUGACAGACUGCUCCUCUCUGACCGACCAAUCAGCUGACUCCCAGGGGCCGCCCAUUGAAACCGGCCAACACUCACUUUACCCUCCACCUCUUCCUCCUCUCCCUACCCUCCUCCACCUCCUCCUCUUCACCCCUCUUUCUCUACAGAAACCAAACCUGGACAGGUGAACUGACUCUUUCUAGAGUUAACUUGACAACGCACUCAGAAACACAUCCAAGCAUCUGUUUAAAGCAAUAGACGGGGAAAUUAAGAAGGCGAUUUUUGUUUUGUUUUUCUUCAGCAGUGCAGAGGGCAGCAUCGCCCGCAGGGUGAAAAAGUGCAACAGAGAUUUGAAUCGUAGACGUAGGCUUUAAGGAGAGAAUAUAGAUCAUUUCUAUAACGCUGUAUGUCUGUUUUUUGGGCUUUGUUCAAAAACGUUAGUAGUCGGUGUCCUGUAAAAUCAUCCUCUGGGUUAUUGUGUAAUAUCGAGAGAAUUAAGUGUCACUUUCCCAAACUUGGUCUGGUGGUGUUUUUAUUAUUGUCAACAAAUCCCUUCAAAAGACUCAAACCAACAACAAGUGAUCCUCUAACAAGCACUGUGUGUAUCCAAAGCCUGAUUGAUCUCAUUCCCCUGAGCUCCACUGCUGUCUAAAUACUAUUAAAAACACAUCAGUGAGUCACACUGUUGCACUGGAAGACAUUUUCCUUCAUUACAAUGAACACAUAGUUUAUUUUAAGUCAAUCACACAAAGUCCUGCUGCUGGAAAAACUCACACAGGGCACCACAUGUAGAUUCAAACGCCACAGAAAAUAGUCCCCAAAAAUGCACUCCUUACACAGUCACUUUUUUGCUAAUACCAACUUUAUUCAUCUGUUUACAGAUAUUAAAACUAGUAGUGAGAACAGAAGUAGUAGUUUUUAUUUAAUGCCUUUCUUUGACAACAAGCAGUAGAGAGCAAUAACCGAGUUCUGUCCAUGGAAUCAAAUUUAGCUGUUCAAAACAGAAAUUCAACUAUCUUUUCUUUUUCUUCAUUUCACUCCUUUAUCAGCCUCAUGCAUGCGGACAUAUGGACUUUAAAACGUAUCACUUCUCUCAUUUUUAAUGACAAGUUUAGUGAGCUUUCUGAACUCUGUGUCAGCUCUGCUAGAAGCCCCAAAAAGCCAGGGAUGGUUACUGCAGCAAUAAGGUACAAUACGAUACCUGGCCCACCAUAAGGAUAAAAUCACGAUACAGCGAUUGUGCGAGAAUUAACACCCUGUAAGACAAUCAUAAAAUGACACAUCAAGGUAUCUGAUUAAGUGAAGAAUACAGAAUGCUACUAAAAAGGUAGAGCAUGAUUCAUGUAUUUAUUAUUCACUGCAGUACGGUGUCAGUUUCACGACUUAAAAAGCGUCAUUCUUUGACUUUUUCCAUCGCUGUCUGACAUAAUCCCGCUGUCUUCUUUUUCUGUUUGGAGCUCCGUAUUUUAUUUAUUGAUAAAGUAUCAAAAUGUAAGCACCAGGGAUUCAAUAAUCUUAACACAUGAGUCAGUACGACGAUAUGUUGCCGUAUCAAUAUUCUCUCCCGCCCCUAAAAACCUGCCAAAGAUCAUCUGAAAACACUGAUGUGAAACUGCUCUAUUCAUUGUUUUCACGCUCACAUCCUAAUGUGUUGCUAUAAUUGUUUGAGAAUAAUUUAGACCUUUGCAGGGAAUACGGCUUCCUGUUGUGAACUAUGAACACAGAAGGAACCGCUAAAGCUAUCUAGCAGAACGAGCACAGACAAAUAAGCUACGGGUUAUUUAGCCACCAAAAAGGAGCUUCUGAAAAACACUGGUUUUUAAAAUGAAGCUGCUUAAUCAGAGAUGUUUUUUAAAGCUUUAAUCAGUGUGUGUGUGUGUGUGUGUUUGUUUUGGAGAGAAGGAGACCUCUCUGGAUAUUUAUAUCAACACUAGAGGGUUAGUAGAGUUCACAGCCUGUCGUGCUGUUGCUCCUCCGUUUCUCUGUGUGCAAUCACACAGCUAAGGAAACAAACAAAAGUCAAGAAGUUUGACUGACGACAGGAGGGUCCUCUCAGAUGCUCAUCGACUAAUGAUUUGAAUCUUUGACUUUUAAGUGGCGGCCCUAGAAAUUUUAAGAGGGUCUCUGAUUGGGGGCUUUGGCGUUUGUGGAUAUAUUCUUCAUAGACAGGCUAUCACCACGUCCUCUUCACACUAAAUACAUGUAGCUCUUCUGGAGCUUUUGGUCUUCCUCUUGAGGAAAGUUGCUCAAGAUCUGUUGGAGGAACUGAAAUUGUUGGAUUUGGUCUUUUUGGGGGGAUUUGUUGACAACAAAAUAUUUCAAAUGAAACCAGCCUAAUUCUUUUAAGUUGGGGCUGGGUGAUGUGGUUGAAUGACAAGAAUAUUUAAUAAGAAGAAUAUUUUUCUUACAUAUAUUAUAUUCAUAUAUAUCUAUAUAUAAAUGUGAUAAAAUCACAUUAUUAAAAAGUCUGCAAAAUCACUCUAAAUCAUCAAAAAACAAAGCUGGAUGGUGCCCUCUUUGUCUGCAAAUCAGAAAACAAAUACUGUUUCCUGUUUCUUCCUUUUUUAAUUGGAGUAAUUGAAUUUGGACAGAACAUGAAAAUUAAAAACAUCUUGACAAAUUGUGAUGAUUAUGUCUCAAUAAUAAUGUUGACUUUGCACCCAGCCCUGCCUCAAAUGUGUCACCAUGACACAAAAAAAAAAAAACAGUCUCAGAAUGAUCCUCAAAGACUAAUGUUAAGACGUCACCAUCUUUCUCAUCUGAUUGGUCCUGAUGAGACAGUGUUAACCAAUCACAUUUGUCCAUUUAUGCUUCCUUCAUUGAGUUCCAGAGGCCUGCUGUGACACAGCGCCGCCCCCUGCUGGACAGCAACAGAAACUCACCUCCAGAGGCUGGAAUAAAAGAGAGCAAAUAUGAAUAUUUUAUUUUUGGUUUAUUGAGGUGAUAAUUUAUUUUUUUAUUGUACCCUUCACCGAUGUGUGUGGGUGGAUGUUUUGUCUUUUACAUGUCCGCCCCAAAAUGUAUAAAAUGUAAAGAAGUUAAGACACAGUGUGCAAGAAACGCAGUAUUAUUGGAGCUCACUCAAGUCUGUUUGUUCUGCUGCUGAAUGAAGACUUUUUGGGUAUCAAACAAAAUCACAUUAAUGUUUAAUGAAGAAAAAUUCUCACAGAAAAUUCAGACUUCAGUCGCUCACUGAGCCCGACACUUGUGCCUGCUGAGGAGAUGUUGCUCAGGUGGGAAGCUCUUCUGAACGUGUGUGUGCGUGUGUGUGCGUGUGUGUGCGUGUGUGUGCGUGUGUGCGUGUGUGUGUGUUAGACACCAUCAUUAGUCUUUGGUUUGUUUCACUUCACAUUUAAGGAGUCGGUAAAGAAGUGCAUGCACAUUAACGCCCUCCUGUUCGGGUCAGUUUCCUUCACAGCGUCAAACCUUCCUGUUACAGACGUCACUGAGUCGAAAGCGGUGACGUCCAUGUGUCCUCUCUCAGAUCAUGAUUCUUCAUCAUAAGUGUUAGCCUCCAUGAUCGAUCAGUUAUUUAGCAGCGUUUUCUGCAUCUGACAUCAUCCUGACUGUUUGUUAGAACAGUGAAAGUACGUGAGAUUAAAUCUUUCCAGAAGC